UUAAACAUGUUCGCUCAAACUAGCUUGAAAGUAGUUCAAACUUUUCCCAGGUAGGAAGGACGGUGAAGUUAAAAUAUAAAGACUGAAGUUACCUUUGUUGCCUCUGCUACACGCGAAUUAGCUAAAGUUGAAUAUGACCGAGGGAAAAACCUCCUGCCAACUGAAACAUAAAGUUAAAGAUAGAUGUCCAAACAUACCGAAGGCAGGGAAAUGUGUACCUGAAGGAGACAGGACUGAAGCCUGCCUACAAGAAGCAGCAAGGCCCCCUACCCCACCUGUGGUAAGAAAAUUUCGCAACAGCAACCAACCAGAACCAGGAGCUAUCAGAGUGCACAGAGGGAAGGCCAAUGAUCCAGAUGUUGCCAGCACCCUCGUUCACGGCAUCAGCACAAAAUCUUCCCUCACUGGCAGAAGUUUGCUAAAUCCUCCUCAAAAGACCUUGUUCCAGCACAAGUUGCAAGAGCUCAGUGAAGCAGUGUACGGCUCCAGUCAAAAGGCACCUGUGGGCCGGUCACGUGAUCAGCAUCUUGGACUUCCCACCUGGUGCAAUGACAAAACUACAUAUGGUGUGAAAACAGUUAGAGGGUUGGAUGUGCGUGAGAUUAUUAACCCUUCAAAAACAGCAGAGGAGUUGCAGAGAGAAGCUCAGGAGGGACACGAGACUUAUAUUCGUAGCCACAACGCCUAUUUUGUUGGUGAACGGAUUGAUAGGAAAUACGACUGGAGUCACUGUGGUAGAGACAGUAGGUUUGGGAUCCUCACGCCUCAUUUCAACGAUGGACGUAGUGCUCGCAAAUCCCUCCACUGGCUGGGGGAGACACAGAAGUUUUACAAUCCGAAGCCUGUUUGGAAGAGAUCUGGGAACAGGGAGAUGAUGGCGCAACAAUUUGGCAAAACAAACAAUGUGAGAGAAAAUACCUUGAAUCUUCCACCAGAUCACACCUUUGGAAAUCUCUUGCUGCCAGAUGAAUUUGGUGUUGGGGAUCUAAUCCAUUUCACAGAGCCAGGCCAGUUCUUGAGAGGCAGAGACCGACAGCGCAGCCUGGUCAACGCAGUGCGACACCACCUCAAGAAAGCCAAUUUCCACAACUUCCCAUCCCUGCUGCAAGCAUUCAGACAUUAUGACAAGGCAGGCAAGGGAAUGAUUGACAAAGAGGAUCUGCAGGCAGUGUGCCGUCAAUUCCAGCUGGACGUGAGCAGGCCGGUUCUGGAUGACCUGAUGGACUACUGUGACACAGAUAAGGACGGACUAAUCAACUUCCUGGAGUUUGCCAACUUCCUCAACUGGAAGGACAAGAUGCCCAUUAACAUUCGAGAGCAGUGUAUUAUUACAAAUGAUCGUCCAACCAACUCGGCUCCAGCUAACAUGGAGAGGAAGUCAUCGCCAGUAUCGGCACAGCUUCCUGCCUCUCAGACCUUAGUUAAGCCUGAGGACCUGGAGCCAAUUAAACCAGGCAGCUCACUGAAGACCCUCAGGACCCUGCGGCGCCCCAGGGCAGCCCCAGACCACUUCAUGACCUCCUCCUCCCUCAUUGGGGCUGUCAGCGAUCCAUCCACAUCAAACAGCCGUACCUAUGGGAUCCCAUCUGUGCGCUGUGACCUUCCAGCCCCACGCAUAAAGAGAGUCAGUGACAUGAACAACUACGGCGAUACAUCCACCGCUGCACACCUUCUGCAUCCAUCAGUUUAUGACCUGCGUGGUGUUCACGAGGAACACUUCUUCUCUCCUCGCAACAAGACAGAGAUUGCAGAGAUCUUCAGGAAUGUGGGUGUUGAUGUUCCUGAAGAGACGUUUGAGGAAGCGUGGAAGCUGGCGUCCAUGAAGCAUCCAGCCGGGGAGUGUCUGUUGGAGCUUGCUGGUGACCUAACUACAAUUUAAUUGCUGAGAUCAUCAUCUGUAUGUAAUUUAUCUGAGCUGUCACAUUCUGCUGCUAUUAUUCUAUUCAUCUGACUUUUUAUUUCACUUUUUAUUGUUUCUAUGAAUCUGUUGAAACAAAUUAAUGAAGAAACACUCCAUAGAACUUUAACAAAAUGAACCCCUUUAUAAUGGCUAAUGUGUUGCAUCAUAUAAGCUGUUAUUGGAGCAUCCAUUUGACCUAUUUUUUUGGAUUAAGGUUUUUUGGAGUGUUGCUGUUCUCGUUAUUUCAUGAAUUUAGCUGGAAGCCAGUUAGCAGUUCCUGGCAGAGCACCCAUUCAAAAGAGGGUUAUGUGAAGAGACAAACUGUACCUAAUACACACUUUUCAACAUAUGGAUUUACUUCUUAUUAAGCAUCAAGUUUCCUCUCGUGAUGACAUGCUGGAGAACUGGACUGCUCUUUGAACCUGUAAUCUGCAUCACUUGGAACAGCAACAAACAACUUGUUUAAUGUAGUUUCCCAUGCAAUGUCUGGAGUAGACAAUAAUGCACCAUGUAGCCUAUUUUACACCAAUAAAUAAACUUUCCCCUG